AUUUCAUUCCACUUCACUCUUCUUUCCCAAAACCUCGAGUAUUCUCUUCCUUCAAAACACCUUGAGCCUUUUGGCAUUGAGCUUCGUUUUCUCAGCCAUGGCGACCAACUUCCUAUCUCGCUCCCUUCCCAGAACCUUAACCAUAGCCUCCUUCAUUUCUCGCCCCUUCUCCACCUCCUCAGCUUCCAUUUCCACACUUCAAUCUCGCUCCUCAAUUUCUUUCCUCCACCGUCUCCGCCCUCUAGUUGGAGCCAUCACUAUUCGCAGAAGCAAUUCUCCGUCUACAGUGCUCCGGUCCUUUUCAACCAACGUGACUUCGUCCUCUCUCAACGAUCCCAACCCUAACUGGUCCAAUCGCCCCCCAAAGGAGACAAUCUUGCUCGAUGGCUGUGAUUUUGAGCACUGGCUUGUCGUCAUGGAACCGCCUGAAGGUGAACUUACUAGGGAUGAGAUCAUUGAUAGCUACAUUAAAACCCUAGCCAUGGUUGUUGGAAGUGAGCAAGAAGCAAGAAUGAAGAUUUACUCGGUAUCAACUAGGUGUUAUUUCGCAUUUGGGGCUCUUGUAUCUGAAGAACUUUCAUAUAAAAUUAAGGAAUUGCCUAAAGUGAGAUGGGUUCUUCCUGAUUCAUACUUGGAUGUAAAGAACAAAGAUUAUGGAGGGGAACCUUUUAUUAAUGGUGAAGCAGUUCCAUACGAUCCCAAAUACCACGAGGAAUGGAUAAGGAACAAUGCUAGAGCCAAUGAGAGAAAUAGGCGCAAUGACAGACCUCGUAAUUUUGAUAGAUCUAGGAACUUUGAGAGGAGGAGAGAAAAUACACAGAACCGGGAUUUUCAAAGGGGUGCACCUACUAUGCCAAACCAGACGAUGCAGAAUGCUGGACCGAACUCCCACAGAAUGCCCCCUAACAGCAACAUGGGUCCACCGCCUCCCAACAUGGGUGGAAUACCCCAGAACAAUAUGGCUGGAGCUCCUCGCAACAACAUGAACCCACCUAAUAAUUACGGUGGCAUGCCACCAAGCAACAACUGGAGUGGACCGCCCCAAAACAACUAUGGAGGAGGACCACCCAGCCAUAACAUGGGAGAUCCCCAUAACAGUUACACACCCGGCAGGGACGCUGGAAAUGUGUCUGGAAGGAACUAUUCAUCAUAGGAAAACCCAUCAAGAAUUUUUUUGCUGUAAAUAAGCAAACAUAGCUAUUCAUCUUGGAUUUUUAGGCUUUCUGUUACUACUACUAGGUUGAGAUACUGUUUGUGAUGUGUAGCUCAAGUGAUUGAGAAUCAUAUUCUAAUACCUUCCCUCUGCUUUAUUCACUCCUAAAGGUAACAAACUUUUAAGUCAUAAAGGUAUAUUCUCAUAAUUCAAAAUGACACGUUCAUGUUUCAUUUCAA